CUUGUAAGGUUCAAGGCCUUCCAGUUUUACCUGGAAGGGCACAAGUUGGCAUUGCUGUGCCUUCCAGGGAAGGUUCCCAGAUAGUUUGGGGUCUUCAAAAUGUUUGCCAAAGCAACAAGGAAUUUUCUUAAAGAAGUUGAUGAUGACGGUAACCUGAUUUCAGUAUCAAACUUGAAUGAUUCUGAUAAAUUACAACUUCUGAGUCUGGUGACUAAAAAGAGGAGAUACUGGUGCUGGCAGAGACCCAAGUACCAGUUUCUAUCUGUCACCCUGGGAGACGUACUCACAGAAGACCAAUCACUGAGUCCAGCUAGUGCUGCUGUUGGGCUGGACAUUCUCUCUUCAGCCUAUCCCGCAGCAUGGAUGCGAGGAGGCAACCUUUCUUUCAUUACCAGGAGAAAGCUCAAUCUGAAGGACCCAGUGCUGCAGCAGGUGCUGGAGAGGAGGAACGAGGUCCUGUGUGUGCUGACACAGAAGAUCGUCACCACGCAGAAGUGCGUGAUCUCUGAGCACGUGCAGAUCGAGGAGAAGUGUGGUGGCAUGGUGGGCAUCCAAACCAAGACGGUGCAGGUGUCGGCCAUGGAGGAUGGGAAUGUCAUCAAGGACUGCAACGUGGCCCUGGAGAUCCCAGCUGCCACCACCAUCGCCUAUGGCAUCAUGGAGCUGUAUGUGAGACAGGAUGGCCAGUUUGAAUUCUGCCUCCUCCAAGGGAAGCACGGUGGCUUCGAGCAUGAGAGGAGAGUCGACGACAUCUACCUGGACCCCCUGGCCUACAGAGACUUUGCGUUUGUGGACAUGCCGGAUGCUGGGCUUGGGACAUCUUCCCACCAUGGAUCUCUGCAUGCUUUAAAGCAAGUGACUCUGCGCCUGGAGAGCAAUUUCCACCCGUUCGUGGAGCUGCCGGAGCAGCAGCAGACAGCUGUGUGGCAUCUGUUGCAGAUGGUCCUGUUCGAUGAGGAAUUCCUUGUGGCCCUAGAGCAAGUGUGUGAUGAUGUGGCCAGUGGCCUCUGGUCCCCACAGGCAGCGCUGGCCAUAGGCGGGCUGAAGGCUGCUCAGCAGCAGGACUUGACCGCCUUCCUGGGGCUGGUGGGGUGCAGGGUACAGGGUGAGCGCCCUGGCCCUGAAGACCAGAUCAGCAACCAGAAACUCUUUGCCACAGCCUACUGCCUGGUCAGCGCACUAGCAGAAAUGCCAGAUAAUGUUGCCAGUCUUCUGGGUAUUUGCUGUAAGCUCCAAAUGAUUCCCACGCUGUGCUACUUGCUGCAUGCUCUGUCAGAUGAUGAGAUAUCUGAUCUUGAAGACCCAGCCUUAGCUCCUCUGAAAGACACAGAAAGGUUUGGGAUUGUGCAGCGCUUAUUUGCCUUGGCCGACAUUAACCUGGAGAGAAUGCAGUCAUCUGUGAAAGCCAUCAUCCUCAGGGACUCUCAAGUCCUCCCGCUAAUUCUCUGUAUUGCCUUGAGUGGACUUGAUGCACUAGGCAGGGAACACUAGCUGUCUGUCAGUAUAUGUUAUAGGACCAAGCCUUGGUG